CAUUCAAAAAUAGAACUUAAAAGUCUCCGUGAAUUGGAAACGACACUAAAUUUCUGCUGCUUCCAUUGAAAAUGUAACCAUGAAUCUGCUAAUAUCUUACUUUGGUGGAAUAUAUUGUUAAGAAGAAUGGAGACUCCAGUGAGAAGUCAUCACUCUAAUGUUUUUCUUAAGGAAGGAGUAUAAGUCCUCAAGAUGGGAAAUAACAACACAAACAGUACAAGAGCAAACUGCACUGAUCUUCAAAUGCCAUUUCAGGACUCCCUCUAUGCAACCACCUAUAUCCUGAUAUUCAUCCCUGGUCUUGUGGCCAACAGCGCAGCCUUGUGGGUCCUGUGCCGCUUCAUCAGCAAGAAAAAUAAAGCCAUCAUUUUUAUGAUCAACCUCUCUGUGGCUGACCUGGCUCAUGUGCUGUCCUUACCCCUCCGGAUUUACUAUUACAUCAAUCACCACUGGCCUUUCCAGAGGGCCCUUUGUCUGUUGUGCUUCUACCUGAAGUAUCUCAACAUGUAUGCCAGCAUUUUCUUCCUGACGUGCAUCAGCCUGCAGAGGUGCUUCUUUCUCCUCAAGCCAUUCAGGGCCAGAAACUGGAAGCGUAGGUAUGAUGUGGGCAUCAGUGCUGCCAUCUGGGUCAUCGUGGGGACUGCCUGUUUGCCACUUCCCAUCCUGAGGAGUGCGAACUUAGCCAAGAACACCAAAUUCUGCUUUGCUGAUUUAGGGCUUCACAACAUUAGCAUGGCUUCUUCCAUUGGUAUGGUAACUGCAGCUGAACUUGGAGGGUUUGUAUUGCCUGUUAUAAUUAUAACUUAUUGCACCUGGAAAACAAGAAAAUCUUUACAGGAAUUCCAAGUUCCCCCUCAGAAUACAAAAGAAAGGAAAAAAGCUUUGAGGAUGGUCCUGAUGUGUGCAGUGGUGUUCAUUGUGUGUUUCACUCCUUACCAUCUCAACUUCCCAUUCUUUAUGAUGGUAAAGCAACAUGUUUUUUCAAAUUGUUCCUUCAUUAAGAGCACUCUAUGUUUCCACAUCAUUUCCCUGUGUCUUGCAAAUCUGAAUUGUUGUCUUGAUCCAGUCGUAUAUUAUUUUAUGACUUCAGAAUUUCGUGAUCAAUUUUCAGAACAUGGAGUCUCGGUUCUUCAGUCAUGUGUGAGAUGCAAGGACAAUGCUUUGGAAAUUCGUCAAAGGGAGGAGGAUCUUCAAACUAUCUCACUUGAAUGUUUGGAUGAUUCCAAGACAAUGUAGUCAAACAAUCAGCUAGGGUCACCUAUAUGCUCUAGCAAUUUAGCUAUAUCAUUGUGAAGAUUUUUCUUAAAAAUGGAGUUUGAGUGUCUUCAUGCAACAUGGCACCCUUCCCUACAUCCUCAAAAUGAUCCUUCUGAAGGAAUUAUUCAUGCCUAUAUUAUCUGUCUAAAUGAAAACAUUUUGUUCUAUGGACCUUGUGAGAAAAUCUUUCUUUACGCAAAUUGAUGAGCAGCUGAAUAAGUUGCAUACCUGUUUCUCAGCAAUGGGUCCAAUUUAUUCACCUUCUCUUGAGAGAAACAAAAUAUAAGUUGAAAACAAGUGAAUAUGAGUUAAUUAUUCAAGCUUUGAAAAGUAUACAUGAGAACAAUAUGGCCUUAACUUUUUUUUUAGGAAUAAUACACUACUUGAGCAAGGUAGAUGGAAGAGGAAAAGCUUUUUGAUAUUAGUAUUAAUUAUAGGAAAUAAUAUCCUUAUAACUUGAAAUAUCUAUGAGACUUUUUUCUCCUUGGGGAAACAAAUCAGAAGCACCCCAAAUAUCUCAAAAGUGUCAUGGGAUUCACCCACAAUGCGUAUACCUUAAACACAAAAUUGUGUUUUAAUACAUUUUGCAAACUUGAGUUUUAAGGGUUUAAAUAAAGGUUCUUUGCUUGAAUAUCUGC